CUACCAUUCAAUCAUAGAGAACAUGUCGCCGAUUGUCAAUGGCGCGGAAAAUACUCUGUUGUACAGCGAAGAAGAGCUCUUUCCUUUCAAAGACGGUGUAACUGCCGCUCAAGUUUUUGAUAACCCUCAGAACUGUUACGGAUACUCCUACAAUGAUUUCAUUUUGCUUCCUGGACAUAUUUAUUUCAAACACGAACAAGUUAGUUUGACAACAAAUCUGACAAAAAAUAUAACUUUGAACGCACCUUUGGUCAGCUCUCCCAUGGACACCGUAACUGAAAGUGAAAUGGCCAUCGCAAUGGCACUCCAAGGUGGUAUUGGAGUUAUUCACUGCAACAAUUCUGUGAAGGAACAAAAAAAAGAAGUAGAAAGAGUGAAACGUUUUGAAAAUGGUUUUAUCACUGAUCCAAAGACGCUGGCACCUUUUCAUACUGUUGCCGACGCAUAUGAUUUGAAGAAAAAGUACGGUUUCAUGGGCAUUCCUAUAACUGAAGAUGGUAGAAUGGGAAGUCGUCUCUUGGGAAUAGUAACCAAGAGAGAUGUGGAGUUUGUGAAAGAUUGGACGACGCCGUUAUCAGAAGUUAUGACUUCUGAGCUCGUAACUGCACCUCAGGGCUGUACACUAGACCAAGCCAAUGAGACUUUGAAAGUUUCUAAAAAGGGAAAACUACCUAUUGUUGAUCGAGAUGGUUGCUUAGUAGGCUUGGUUUCUAGGACAGAUUUGACCAAGAAUAGAGAUUUUCCAGAAGCCAGUAAAGACGUGAAGAAUAAGAAAUUACUCUGUGCUGCAGCGAUUGGUACGCGUCAAGAAGACCGUGAGAGACUGGAAGCGCUGAUAGAAGUUGGAGUUGAUUGUAUUGUGUUAGAUUCAUCACAAGGUGACUCUAUAUUUCAAUUAGAGAUGUUAAGAUAUAUCAAGGCCAAGCAUCCAGGCUUAGAAGUUAUUUGUGGGAAUGUUGCCACUCAGAAUCAAGCGUAUCAUCUUAUUCAAGCAGGAGCUGAUGCUAUUCGAGUUGGUAUGGGUUGUGGCUCUAUUUGUACUACUCAAGAAGUGAUGGCUUGUGGUAGACCACAGGCGACUGCAGUCUACAAGGUCUCUCAAGUGUGUAAACAGUAUCGUGUUCCUUGCAUAGCUGAUGGAGGCGUUUCAUCUAUUGGUCAUAUUAUCAAAGGACUUUGUUGUGGUGCAUCUACGGUGAUGUUGGGAAGUAUGUUAGCUGGAACGGAAGAAGCCCCUGGAGAAUAUUUCUAUAAAGAUGGCAUUCGUCUUAAACGAUACCGUGGCAUGGGUUCUGCUGAAGCCAUGAAGAAAGGCUCUGCGCUUCGUUAUUUUUCUGAAGAUGAUCGUGUAAAAGUAGCUCAGGGUGUUAGUGGAGCAGUAAUAGACAAAGGAAGCAUCAAAAGAUAUGUUCCAUAUUUGUUAAGUGGCGUUCGUCAUGGUUUUCAAGAUAUGGGUGUAUUGAGUAUUGAACAAUUGCAUGAAUACAUUGAUCAAGGAAAAUUACGUAUGCAGCUUCGUACUCCUGCAGCACAGUUGGAAGGAAACGUCCAUUCCUUAUUUACAUAUGAAAAGUCGAACGUAUAAAGUCCUUUUUAGGGGCCACAAGACUUUUAGUGGUUUCCAUAUUCUAGGAACUUCUCUCCUGUGAUUGCAGAUCAUU